AGCCAGGAAUAACAUGUGCCUACUGAAUAGCGUGGGAGGCGAAAGAGUAGAUUUUCUAUAGACGUGGAAAUCUGGAAUGUUUGCGGUAAUAAAAUGGACUUUUUUUUCCGGAUGCAAAGCAGAGUGCAACCACUUUAUUAUUCAGUACGAAGUGACAAAGAAAGGACAAGAGAGGAACGAGGAGAUAAAACACUUUAUUAUUCAGUGCACAAAUGCCGGAAGAAGCAUUCAGAGUAUGUCUGGUUGGUCACUCACUAGACCGAUCCGCCCGGGCAGCCAUUGGUCGUCCACUGGUCCUGCUCAGAGCCGCAGCUCCAAACAAAACCAAGCGAGGACGGACUGAGAGGGAGAAACCUUGGAUGCAUGGCAUGCAUGGCCGGUCCGAUGGAGCGAGAGGGACAAGAAGCAGCCGAGAAGAAGCCUCUCUUGGUGAGGGUGGUCGGCAGCGGCAGCGGUGAUGGCCAGGGCGGCAGCGCCUCUUCUUCUUCUUCUUCGGUUGCCGUGGUGGUCGGCUGCACCGCCAUCGCCGUCGCCGGGUCCUUUGAGUUCGGAAUAUCUGUCGGCUACUCGUCACCGACUCAGCUGGGCAUCAUGCGUGAUCUCCACCUCUCACUAGCUGAGUACUCUGUAUUUGGCUCGAUCCUGACCAUCGGAGCAAUGCUGGGUGCCGUUGUCAGUGGCUCCAUAGCAGAUCGAGCAGGUCGAAGAGGUGCGAUGGCGAUAUCAGAUAUUCUCUGCGCUCUUGGGUAUCUCUUGAUAGGAUUUUCACAGAAUUAUUGGUGGCUUGACAUUGGAAGGGUGCUUAUCGGAUGCGGAAUUGGGAUCCUGUCAUAUGUGGUUCCAGUCUAUAUAUCAGAGAUAACGCCAAAGAACCUUAGAGGAGGCUUUGCAACUGUAAACCAGUUUAUGAUAUGCUGUGGAGGGUCGCUUGCAUUUGUUCUUGGGACCUUUAUCGCCUGGCGUACCUUGGCAAUUGCUGGAGUGGCACCAUGUUUAUUGCAGCUGGUUGGCCUUCUAUUGAUACCUGAAUCCCCCAGAUGGCUGGCUAGGUUUGGACACCCAGGUGCAUUUGUAGUAGCACUGCAGACGUUAAGGGGACAUGGAACUGAUAUCUCUGAAGAGGCCUCAGAAAUAAAAGUUUUCACAGAAAAGCUUCAGCGCCUUCCGAAGUCGAAGAUGUUAGACCUGUUUCAGAAGGAUUACAUCCGUGCUGUCACGGCUGGAGUUGGGCUUAUGGCCCUUCAGCAGCUUGGGGGUGUAAAUGGCAUUCUCUUCUACGCCAGUGAAGUAUUCGUUUCGGCCGGUUUCCCGUCAGGAAACACAGGAACAGUCGCCAUGGCAGUAGUACAGGUUCCAAUGGUCGGACUAGGGGUGCUUCUGAUGGACAAGGCUGGAAGGAGGCCACUUUUGAUGAUCUCUGCAGCUGGGACAUGCCUUGGUUGCCUACUAGUUGGUUUAUCAUUCUUGUCUAAGGAACAGCACUGGGAAAGGGACCUGAACGUGUUGGCUUUGGCCGGACUUGUGGUUUUCAUCGGAUCUUUUUCACUGGGUAUGGGGGGAAUACCAUGGGUUAUAAUGUCAGAGAUAUUUCCUAUAAACAUGAAAGGAUCAGCAGGAAGCCUUGUGACCUUAGUAAGCUGGCUUGGAUCGUGGGUGGUCUCGUACGCCUUCAACUUUCUCCUGAUAUGGAGCUCUUACGGCACAUUUUUCAUCUUCGCAACCAUUUGCGGAUUCACAGUCGUAUUUGUGCAUCGGUUAGUGCCAGAAACGAAAGGAAGAACCUUGGAGGAGAUCCAAGCCUCCAUGAACUCGUCCUUGACGCCCUUCCACAAAUACUAGUUUGCUUGCAUAGUGUAUCUCAAGUUCCAGUGAUUAGUCUCACGCAUACGGUUCAUUGUACACAAAGGGAAAAAAAACAUGGCAUUUUCACCAUAAUACUAUAUUAUAAUA